AUGGCAAAACUCACUGAUGAUGCCGACUACGAUGCCGGCGAAACGUUUAAUAAUGUACCAAGUCCACUGUCUGAUGCUGGGAAUCAUGACAGUGCAGACGACUUCGGACUAGGUGCGUUCUACAUAGUCGCCCUGGCAACAAGACCAAGUUGCGACAACGAGGACGACUUCGGACUAGGUGCGUUCUACUAA